AUGGCAGCCAACAGCAAGCCGGCGCCCAACGGCACGGCAAUCACGGUCGAGACAUUGAUUGCAGAGCUCGGCGUGGUUCCGACGCCCAAGGUUGCCGGCGAGUGGACGGUCGACAAGGCCACGGAUGCCAUCUUUGCGCCGACCGGCGGCGACACGCACAGCAAACCGGCCCCCGACACGUCGUCGCCCCUCCCCUACUUCCACCUGCUCGAGCUGCUGAAAACCACCAAGCGCGAAGGCUGGCGCCGGUUCGGCAUCACGCACGGCGAGUCCAUUGCCGACCACAUGUACCGCAUGUCCCUGAUGGCGAUGCUGGCGCCGCCGGCGCUGGCCGCGCGCCUCGACAUGAACCGGUGCAUCAAGAUGUGCCUGGUGCACGACAUGGCCGAGGCGCUCGUGGGGGACAUUACGCCCGUGGACGGCGUGCCCAAGCCGGAAAAGAGCCGCCGCGAAGCCUCGACCAUGGACUACAUUACGGGGACGCUGCUGGGGCAGGUGGGGGGUGGUAGUGGGAGUAAGAGUGGGAGUAAGAGUGGGAGUGGCGACGGUGACAACGACACCGGCGCCGUCGGCCGCGAGAUCCGGGCCAUCUGGCAAGAGUACGAAGACGCCGCGACCCCCGAGAGCCAUUUCGUGCACGACGUCGACAAGAUGGAGCUGCUCCUGCAGAUGCACGAGUACGAGACGCGCGGGCAGGGCCACGUCGACCUGGGCGAGUUUGCGUACGUCGCGACCAAGAUGGUGCUGCCGGAGACGCGCGCGUGGGCGGCCGCGCUGCUGCAGGAGCGGGCGGCGCUGUGGCAGAGCCGCGGACAGGCACCGCCCGGGCAGCCGACGAUGCCAGAGCUGGAGGCGGCGGCGACGCCAAAGACGAACGGUGUCGACGAGGCCAAUGGCCAUGCCACGGUGAAGUAA